AUGAAGACCUCACAGCAACUUCAGGAAUUUAAAAAAUGUCUUAUUAUAUUUAUGGUAGGCAUCAUCUGUACUAUUCUAUCAUGUACAAUCUACGCUCUAGAUCCAAUAAAUAUUGUUUUCAAAUGGAAAUUAACAAUGACCCCGACGUCAACAGUUUUUCUGAUGUGGAAAAAACCACCCGUUGACGUAUUCCUCAAAGUAUACGUAUUUAAUAUUACGAAUGCUGAAGCAUUUUUGAAUAAUGAAGAAAAGUUGCGAGUUCAAGAAGUUGGACCUUACGUUUAUCAAGAAGUUUUAGAAAAUACCAAAAUCGUGUGGCAUGAUAAUGGCACCAUCACUUAUAUACCAAAACGAACGGUCAUUUAUCGUCCAGAUAUGUCAAUAAACGAUCCUAAGAAAGAUAUUGUUACUGUGACAAACAUUCCAUUUUUGGGGAUUUCCUCAGCUCUUGCUGACGCCGGAUUUUUUGUAAACUUUCCAUUAGUACAAUUAACUAAUUUAUUGGAUACUAAACCAAUUGUAAAUAUGACUGUGUAUGAAUAUUUUUGGGGCUAUGAAGAUCCAUUAGUCCGUUUAGCUAGUGGCAUUGUUCCAAAUUUUAUAAACUUCCAGAAAUUUGGACUUCUUGACAGGAUGUAUGACGAAGGCGAUAAUUUGGUGAACCUGAAUAUUCAAAAAAAUAAAAAUAUGUCUGAUGAAAAUGGCCGGUAUUUGAGUAUUCAAAACUAUAAUGGUAGUCCUGGCUUAGCGCACUGGGGAUAUCAGGAAGAGGAAGGCAAUGAAACUAUUCCGGGUAAUACUAUUUGUAACCGGAUUAGAGGAGCUACAGAAGGUACACUUUUUCCAUCAAAUCUUGAUAAAAGUGCAGUAUUUCGAGUGUUUAGAAAGGCUUUCUGUCGAGCGCUCCCAAUAGUUUUUAAGAAUGAAGUAACAACAUCUUCAGGGUUGACCGGAUGGGAAUAUACUUUAUCCGACAAUUUUCUUGAUCCACCUGACAUGAAUCCUGAAAAUGAAUGUUACUGUCGUAAGAUGAAAAAAUGUUUGAGAAAAGGUCUCUCUGAUCUAACGCCUUGUUAUUACAACAUUCCAGCAGCAGUGUCAUUGCCACAUUUCCUGAACGCUGAUCCAAGUCUUCUACAAGACAUCGAAGGCCUUCAACCAGACCGUGAGAAACAUCAAACAAGAGUUGUACUCCAACCGGCCAUUGGUAUACCUAUCGAUGUCAAUUCAAGAAUACAAACUAAUCUUGUAAUGAAAAAAAUGACUUAUAAUAAAAGGCUUGAACCGUUUAGCAAUCUCGCAAUACCAUUAUUUUGGAAUGAUUUAGAAAUUCCAUCAAUUAGUCCUGAUCUUUUAAUGACAAUGAAGUUAUUACUACAAAUCGGACCUAUUGUGCAAACAGCAACAAUCUGUCUACUUGCAAUAGCUGGAGGAACAACGUUUUUAUUAUCAUUAAUAGGCAUGUUAUGGAUAUUGAAUCAACAAACUGAGCAACAUAGUGAUGAAAGAAGAGAUAGUGUUGACUUAAAGAUACCACUUGGAUAUGGUCAAUAUACAGCCAUACGCAUUUUACCAGCAAUCAAAAAAAUCACUUCAAAAACAGAUCUUUUUGGUUAAAAUACUUUAUUGUAAAAUAUAUUUAUUUAUAAACACUAGUUAUAAUUUCAAUUUCUGUAUAGAUUUUUCUUCUAUUUUAAUGCACUCAAUCCUUAUAUAUAACAGAAAUCCGAGAAAAAAUCGUCAUGUCUGA